AUGGAGACGCUGGACGUGGACGUGGGGGUGGUGAUGUGUCCGAGCGCGGACUCGGAACCGAGGGAGAAGAGCGCGCACGCGGCGGCGGCUAGGGGGAUCAGAACGUCGUCGUCGGCGCCGCCGCCGACGCCGCCGCCGCCGCCGACGCGCGGCGCGCCGACGCGCGUGCGCGGCGGCGACGACGGCCACGCGACCUGCGGCUGGGUGUUCCACCGCGACGACGUCUUCGCGCGCCCGCUCCUCGCGCGUCUCUUGACAGCGCUCGCGAACGAGCCCGCGGUGAAGCGCGUUAAGGGCGUCCUGCGGCUGGGAUCGGAGUGGGUCGCGCCGGCGGUAGCCGUCGGCGGCGACGGGAGGACGCGCGUCGCGCUGGAGCCCGCGGCGUACCGGCGCGAUAGCAGGAUCGAGAUCAUCGCGACGAACGUCGCGGCGAGAGGGGAAAUUAUUAAAGGGGAAGGAGAGGACGAUCGCGUCGUCGACGGGGACGUCGUCGACCGCGCGGGAGAGGCGGCGAGGGCCAACGACUGGGACGCCGUCGAGUCGGCCAUCGUCGCGACGUUGAAACCUCCGAAGUGACGCGCCGCCGGCGCCGGUAGCUACUCGAUGCUAGCUAGUACCUUCAACACGAUAGACUAGUAGGAACGGAGG